AUGACUACCAGCGGCUACGGCGAGAAGGUCCAAAACGAAAUAAAGCUUCACUGGCUCUCUCCUAAAUCAAUGGGCUACUAUGCGUGGGUGGACCAGGGAUAUGGAAACGGUGGGGGUACAAUCAUUCGAAGAAUAUGGCCCUUUUGUCAUCCACAUUCGAAAGCGCGUUUGGGUGUCAGGGUACCUCCUGCCUAA